CACGAUCUCUCCCCGCAGAUCGAUCCCGACGAUCGAGAGACACGAGGCUUUGUAGUUGUAGAGACCAAAGAGAGAAAGAGAUCCCAGAUCUUGUAUCUUCCAUGGAGACGAUGAUGGCGGCGGACGGCGGGCGGGAGGCGGCGGCGAGGUCGUCGUCGUACGGGGGGAAGAGGGACGACGGCGGCCAGCAGCAGCACCGGCAGGCCGGCGUCGGGUGCGGCGGCCACUACUUCCAGAUGCCGCUGCACUACCCGAGGUAUACCCGGGAGGAGUACGAGGCGAUGCCCGAGUGGCAGCUGGACCGCCUCCUCUCCGAGUACGGCCUCCCCGCCACCGGCACCCUCCACCACAAGCGCACCUUCGCCAUCGGCGCCUUCCUCUGGGGCGCCAACGGCGGCGGCAACCACUGAUGACCGAGCUACCUAGCUUUACCUCAUCUGGCCAGCAGUUUUAUUUCCUCAUCUAGCUUCAUCGAUCGUACUCCGUAACUAGUUUCCGUCCUAGCUUGCACUCUGUAUAUCGUGUAUGCGCGUUGUCAGGAGAGAGUUCAACUAAGCACGUAGUCACCUGCUAGUUCUGUGCUGAUCAGGUCUUGUUUGCUAGCUUUGGUUACCUCUUUGCAUAUGUUGGUCUUGGUGAGAGGAUUGAUCUGAUCAGAUGACGAGCCCUUAGCACUACGUACUGGCACAUCAUUCCGUUGUUGUUUCUUACUGUAUUGGCCUAAAUAGCUUGCUAGACAUAUAGCUGUGUCUUGUAACUGUUGUAAAAUAAUGUGCCGGUUUAUAUAUUGCUAGGUAAUUGGAGUAUGUGUCUGGAAA